GUUUCUCCUGCGGUCUCCCCUCAUUUAGCAGGUCCGGCAUGUGUGUGCACUGCUGCUUUACCACCAGCCGUUACCCGCUGCCUUCCCCCUCCCUCCGGCACGUAGGGAGAAAAAGAUGGAGGGGAGGGGAUGAUGGGGAUGGGAGGGAUGAGCAAUAAAGAGCAGGGACCCUGCACAGUCUGAGAGGAGCAGUAGAGAGAGAGAGAGAGAUAAAAAUUAAGGAGGGAAAGGGAAAGAAGAGAAGCAGGAUUCUUCUGCAUUGUAUGGAUUGCCUAUUGGAACAAGGAGGGGCAUGUAGAGGGAGGGACAUUGGUGAUUCUUAUCAGUGUGUUGGUGAGAACAGGAGACAGAAACACAGAGUGCGAUCUGUGCUUGUGUGAGUGUGUGUGAAUAUGUGUGUGAGUGUGUGAUUGGACUCAUUGAACCUGUGCGACGGUGACUCUAUCGGGGAGCUGUUUGAGCAGUGACUCGCCUCAGCGCCUCCUCUGUGCCGGCGCUGUGUUGUCAUGCUCAACGCCUGAUGCGCUCAGAGGACACAGGCUGCCUGGGAGACAGCGAGAGGGGCAUGAUGGCCGGACGCGCCCUGACUUGGCCAUGCAUCUCCAGAUAUCCACCCGGGCUUCUGUUGGCUUCUCCUCCUGGUCCCCUUCAGCCCUCAUCAAUGUCCUUCCUGUGCGUCUCCGUGAGGCUGCCUGCCUUCCUGCCACUGCGCUCUCUGAAUGGAUGCUGCUGUCAACACACAUGUGUGGCUUGCAGUAAGAGCCCAUGAUCUGGACGGAGGAAGCAUACAGCUCUGGGUGUACUAUGCCAUGCUGCUUUAGGGUGACACUGAUGCAUUUUUAAAGACUUAACCUUUUCACGUUACAGCUACUGUUGAUCACAUUCUUGAUGACGUAUGAUGCGGGGCAGUUGUUAUUCUGAAUUGAAUCCUGAUUCUUUUUUUGCUCUGAGUGAAGAGGAUGGACUGAGCAACAUAUAAGAUGGGGGUGCUGCACAUAAAAAUAAGGUCAAGUAAAUAAUUACCAUCCGGAAUGAGGCGCCAUAAUGAAGAUUUAUUUGUCUCAGUAGUUGCAUACAUAUGCAGUGGAUAGAUUUUAAUUGGGUGUUUUCUAGGAACAAAAGAGCUUCUUGGACCGCACUGACAGUGUGUUGAAGGUUGUCAAGAAGAGUGGAUUUCUUUUCUGCCUCCCAGAGAAAUGAAAAUUACAGUCAGAGACAAAAUCCAUGACUGAAAUUCAAAUCGAAACAAAGAAAUAGGGAUUUGGGGGAUGGAUGAAAUCAACAGCCGCUCUGCUGUUGUAUAUUCCAAGGAGAAACUUAAUCUCCCUCCAUGUAAGUUUUUAGUCGUGCUGUCAGAUUCUCUCACAUCUCAACACACUGGCAAACUGUCAGUCGUUCAUGUCGCUCUGUCUGGUUUCAUUCAUCUACUGUGUGUCCACUGAAGCCUGACCACAUGAGUGGAGGCGGCGCCCUGCAGCAACGCACCACCUACCUCAUCUCCCUCACCCUGGUCAAGGUAGAGGCUGUGGAGGAGAAUGGAGGGGAGGCCAAGAACAGCACCCAGGGGAUGGAGGUGGAGGCCAGGCCUGGAGGAAAGGCGGGAGAAGAGGCCGGAGCGAGAGUGGAGGCUAAAGGUGAAGCUCCUGCAAGGGCUGAGAAUGGAGAUGGACAACAACAAAGAGCUGAGGAUGCUGCUGUUGUUGUGAAAGGCGAAAAGUUAACAGAUGAACUCAAAGAUGGAGAGAGAAAAGCCCUCAGCCCCAUGAAGGAUAAACUGCCUCCCACUGUUGAUGUCCCGAGCAAAGGGAGUGAAAAGCCACCGUGCAACCUCUCAAUCCCCUUACCUGCUGAGAGAGCGACAACUCAGAAGACAAAGUCUGCAGAGAUUGACUUAGCACGAGUCGAGAAGACGCCUUCCACCCCAGAGGCAAAGCAAUGCAGGUCCCCUUCACUGACCACAACACCACCAACAGAGGUGGUCGAACCUAGCCGCACCCCAACCAGGACCAGCCUCCCUAUCCGUCCGCUGGGACAGCGUCCUGUGAGUCUGCUGAAGUCCCACAGCAAUGUGGCCACCCGCGGUCGCGAAUCCAGAGAGGGUAGAGAGCGCAGCCCCACCUCAGCACAGAGCCUGGACCGGAAGGACUGCCGCAUGCCAACGCGCUCACCAGGCCCCUGCAGGGCCUCAUGGGCCGAGGCAAGCAGGCCCGACGGAUGGAGGGACCUGCGGGAUGAAACUCAAGCUGGAAUACCUCUGGAGAUUGGAGGUGGCAUGGCUGCAGUGAUGAGAGACAACCCCAGGAAGGAGAGACUAAAGACAGGUUCGGCCUCCCUACCUGCACCUGCACCUGCUACCCACAAGCCGACACGCAAAGGUAAAAGCCGCACACUGGAUAACAGUGACCUGAACAGUCUCUCUGAAGACCUGGGGCUGGCCAGGGAGGCCCAGCAGGGCCAACGGGGCUCCGCUAAAGACAGGAAGAUGCUCAAGUUCAUCAGUGGCAUUUUCACAAAGAGCAGCUCCGGGGCAGCGGGGUCAUCCUCCACAGCGCCUCCUGUCUAUAUACAGAGAGACUCCAGUGAGGAGGAAGUAAAUAUUGCCAACAGCCAGGAGUGGACCCUGAGCAAAUCCGUCCCAGAGCUCAGACUGGGCAUUCUGGGAAGUCUAAAAAGCGGAAAGUCAGCGCUGGUGAACAAAUACAUCACAGGCAGCUAUGUUGCACUUGAGAAGCCUGACGGUGGCCGGUAUAAAAAGGAAGUGCUGGUGGACGGACAGAGUCAUUUAUUGCUGAUCCGGGAGGAAGCUGGACCGCCUGAUGCACAGUUCAGCAGCUGGGUGGACGCAGUGAUCCUGGUCUUUAGUCUGGAGAACGAGGGCAGCUUCCAGGAGCUCUACCAGCUCUACAGUCAGCUGAGUGCACAGCGCACGGACAUCCCAGUCAUAGUGGUCGGCACCCAAGAUAAAAUCAGCAGCACCAACCCUCGAGUGAUUGAGGAUCAGAGAGCCAGACAGCUGUGUAUCGACGUGCGUCACUCGCUGUUUUACGAGACCUGCGCGACCUACGGGUUCAACGUCGAUCGAGUGUUUUCAGAGGCUGCCCAGAAGAUUGUAGCUCAGAAGAAGCAGGCAGCACUGCAGGCCUGCAAGUCUCUUCCCAACUCUCCCAGUCACUCUGGAGGUUCCACACCUGGAUCAGCAUCGCUCCCCGGCCAGGCCAGUAAUGGCCCGAGUUGUGGCUACGCCUACUCCCUGCCCUCCACCCCUGUGAUUGGUCAUCGAGAUCUGCGGGUUGCACAGGGAGAGGGGGGAGGCAGUGUCACCUCCCGUCCGCUGAGGGGCAUCCCCAGACGGCCCUCCCUCUUUAAGAACCGGGACACAGAUAAGAAGUCCGGUGAUCCUAAAGGAGACCCAAGCAGCGCACGGGGCGUUCCCAUCAAACAGAGCAUCCUUUGGAAGAGAAGCGGCAGCUCUCUGAAUAAGGAGUGGAAGAAGAAAUACGUCACCCUGUCCAACAAUGGCACGCUGUCCUACCACUCCAGCUCCAGUGACUACACACAGAACAUCCAUGGAAAGGAAAUCGACCUGCUGCGUGUGACAGUUAAAGUUCCCGGGAAACGUCCUCCGAGAGCCGUGGCUCCUGCGGGGCCCUCACCUGUCCCCCCCGCUUCUGCACCCGGAGUCAACGGGCUGAGUAAGGAGCCGGCAGCCGCCGAUAGCACCAGUACAGUUCCUCAGCUGUGUCCAGCCACUCUGUCUGUGGUUGAUGAUCGGUCAGGUGGUCUGUCGUCUCAAGGUGGAGACAGAGCACUCCAACGCUGCCCCUCCUCAUUGUCCACCAAAGCACAAAGUGUCGAUGCCCUUGAAGGAGCAGCCACUGGAAAAGAUCCCGGCCAAUCAUCUCCCAUGAGCGACAGGAAGAAGAACCGGAGGAAGAAGAGCAUGAAUCAGAAAGGAGAUGCAGCCGUUGGUCAGGCUGAAGCCAAACGCAAAAUGUGGAAAUUAAAAAGCUUUGGUAGCUUGAGAAACAUUAAUAAGACAGAGGAAGAGAAUGCAGACUUUAUCAUAGUGUCGUUCACGGGGCAGACGUGGCACUUUGAGGCUGGGAGCCUGGAGGACCGGGACGCGUGGGUGUCGGCUAUAGAGAGCCAGAUCCUGGCCAGCCUGCAGUCCUGUGAGAGCGGCAGAAACAAGGCUCGGAGGAGCAGCCAGAGUGAGGCUGUAGCGCUGCAGGCCAUCCGCAACGCCAAGGGCAACAGUCUGUGUGUCGACUGUGAAGCACCAAAUCCCACCUGGGCCAGUCUCAACCUGGGCGCGCUGAUCUGCAUUGAGUGCUCGGGGAUCCAUCGAAACCUGGGGACUCACCUGUCCCGCGUCCGCUCGCUGGACCUGGAUGACUGGCCCGGAGAGCUCACACAGGUCCUGGCUGCCAUCGGAAACCACAUGGCCAACAGCAUCUGGGAGAGCUGCACCCAGGGCCGGACCAAACCCACACCAACGGCAACACGUGAGGGAAGAGAGUCGUGGAUUCGUGCAAAGUACGAACAACGGGCGUUCGUGCCGCCUCUUCAGCCGGCCCCGGCUCCAGGCGACGGCAUGCCGAUGUGGCUGCUGUCUGCGGUGACUGAGAGGGAUCUGCCCAGACUGCUGCUCCUUCUGGCCCACAGCACCAAGGAACAGAUCAACGCUCAACAGGCCGGGUCGAACGCACCGCCUCGCUCGGCCCUGCACGCCGCCUGUCAGCUGGGAGAUGUAGUCAUGACCCAGCUGCUCAUCUGGUACGGAAUCGACGUGAAAGCAAAAGAUAACCAAGGCCAGACAGCCAUGAAGGUGGCCAGAAAAACAGGGAGCAAAGGCUGCAUUGAUAUUUUGCUUCAACACGGCUGUCCCAAUGAGACGUCCCCCACCACUGCCACACCCGUCCUGUCCCGCAGGUCCAGCACUGCCAGCCUGGGCCGAACCAGCUCCAGGAAACGGGUGUCGUAGCGCCAACUGAAGAUGCCACCACACGGAGGAGCUGUUGACCUCUGGAAGAUGCUUAUUGUUUAGAAACCUUUUGAAAUCAUGGAUACUUUGGAGAGGGGCGUGCUUUAGGGAAAAUGACAGGACUAUAUCAUAGUACUAAGGAUUUAAAAAAAAAAUAGCUUCUGAAGACUGAACAACAUAUCAAACAACUUAAAAGCAAUAUUCAUUCAAUUUGUUGAUGACAGAUAUGUUGCUGAAAUACUGUGUUGUUGUGACCUCAUUUCAAAAAUGACUCAAGUAGAACUUUGUAGCUGUCUUCUGUAAUUUUAGAGCAGACAAACUGCUUCCUGUUUCACUUCCACCAGAAGAAGUGCAAUAAUCCAACUAUGAUGAUGAAAAGCAACAAGUUUUAGAGCGGACCGUGUCGGACGACUGUAUGGUCAAUACACCGAGAGGGUGCUGCUUUUAUUCAAAUUUGUUGUGACUGGACCAAAACGGCUCUUAUUUCCUUUGGCUUUACAAAUAAAAGCUACAAUAUGUCAUGUUGUUAGUUAUGUGUGCCUGUUGCAGCAGUAUAAAGGCCAGUUUGGCCGAUAUAAAUGGUUUUUCAGCGACGAAUCAGCUGAAAUAAUUCUGCUUAGACUAGAAAAAUUAAUGGUUUGGAAUAUGUCAGUGUUACUCUCACAGGUCAAAGAUAUGGCGUUUUAAUAUACUGUAAAUGUACCUAUACUACAUACUUAAUGUUAAACUCUGUAACCAAGACACAACUGAAAAAUCAAAGACUCAAUUUUGUAAAUGAUUUCUACUGGUAGUUUUGAAAAUAUGUCAAGCUUGUGUUUUUCAUUGUCUCUUAUAGUUUUUUUUAUUAUCCUACAUGUCAUGAAAGCAUAAACCAGUAAACAAAAUGCUUUUACAUAAUGUGAACAUGUGGCUAUUUGUUAAGUUUCAUUUGGGAUGGCCCAAUCGACUACAUAAAGACAUUAUUCCCGUUCAUAUUACUGUUGUGUAGGUCAUUCCCCGGAGUUUACAGUGAAGUAUGAAGAGUUGCAGGUGUCAUAGUUAUUUCUGACACUUUGUGGGUUGUGUGAAUCUCUAAUGAGCUAAAAGAAAUGGUUACCGGAAUAAAAUAAACUUUUUUUAAUUAGCAUUA